AUCCACACGAAUGAAUGGCAGCAGAACACAUGGUCACGUCGGUGGUUUUAAUGUUGUGGCUGAUAUAAAUCAAACCUCCCCCACCACCCGCAAACAAAAUCUAAUUUAUAAAUAAAAUUAUAAAACAUUACAUUUUAAGCGUCCAAAUCUCCAUCUCAGUGCACGAGUCCCGAGCAGUAUACAUUGUUAACAGUGUUGGUUUACGCUGUGAAUGGUAAUAAACCAGGUGCGUCCGAAAAGGAAAGCCCCGCCCACUUUUACCUUAAAUGUCCAUUGGACGGAAAUAUGAUUGGCGCAGGGCUACAGCUGCUUGGACGGUGAGACAUGGCGGAGUUUGUAGUCUCACCAAGAGAGCUCCUGGAGAGUUUCUAACACUUUCCAACAUGUCGAAAGAACUUAACUCGAGGACGAGCAUGUCUCCGUGGCUUCGUAGCGCGUGCGGAGCUUAAAGAGACACGGACGUCCUUUUUCUUUCUUUCUUUCUUUCUUUUUUUAUUUUUUUUUUCCUAUUUGUCGAGGAGGACGGAGCGGCGGUUGGAAAAAUGUGUUGUCAUCUUCGCGCAGUCAACAGCCUUGGGCAACAAAUAUGGCUACUUCUUGUGUAUCCUUCAGUUCGGGUUGAAGACCGUCCCAGCUGGGUCGAGCCGGAUAGUUUGGGCGAGUCUCGGCAGUAGUAGUAGUAGCAGGGAGGCGAAGUUGGAAGAUUUAAGAUUUUGUCCCGAAGCUGGUUCGGUUGAACCGAGGAAAAAAAAGAGGAGGAGGGGGGGGCGACGCGAGAGAGGAGGGGGCGAGAGGGAGGGGAGAUGGAGCCCAAGCAUAAAGAGUUGUUGGAGAAAUGUUACCAGAACUUGGUGGAGUCCGUCACGGACGCGGACCGAGUUGUGGAUGUUUUGGCUCACUGCGGGACCCUCAGCCAGUCCGAGCGCUUCGAGCUGGGGCGCAACUGCUCCAGCAACUCGGAGAAAGUGGACCUCCUCCUGAAGAUACUGAUAAGCAAGGACAGGGACCACUUCGCGGAGCUGUGCUCGGCUCUGGAGACGACGCACCCUCACCUGCGCUCCCUGCUGCUGCUGGAUGACUCCGGACCGGUGGACCACACGACCGGGUCCACUUACAGCGUCCUGUCCACCAUGCCGUCGGACUCGGAGAGCAGCAGCUCCCUCAGCAGCUUAGGUACUCCCGGUCAAGCCUCCUCCCCUCCGCCCGCCCACAUGGACGGACACCAGGUGAACGAGAAGAUGGAGACGGUUCUGUUCCAGCUGCGACAUGUGACACGUGAAAGGGACGAACUGCGCAAACGCCUGGCGCUCGCCUCGCCCGGAACCACCUUCGAUGACUGCAGACCGAACUCGAAAGCAGGUCAUGACUAUGAGCGUCUGAAGCUGCAGUGCAUGAAGGCAAUGGCAGACCUGCAAUCCCUGCAGAACCAGCACAGCACCACCCUGAAGAGGUGCGAGGAGGCUGUGAAGAAGGCGGACUUCUACCAUACUCUGCACAGCCGUCUGGCGGGCGAACACACCCAGCUGAAAGAUGAGCUGGAGGCCGUGAGACAGGACAACAUCCAGCUGGUCAGGGAGCACAACCACGUGAAGCAAGCCUGCGAGGAGCUGAGGAGGCUGCACGAGGACGACCAGAGGGAAGUGUCUGAUAUGAGGAUGCUGCACCAGCAGGUGAUGAGAGAGGGGUCGUCUGACGUCCUUAACAAGCUGUAUGACACGGCCGUGGACAAGCUGGAGACGAUGAAGAGCGACUUUGAUGCCCUGAGGAAGCGCUAUAACGAGAAGACGGCCAGUCACAACGCAGACCUGAGUCGCCUGGACCUGGCCGAGGAGGAGAACCACCGGCUGCAGAAGCAGCUUGAUAUGCUGCUAAAACAGAGAGACGCUGCCAUCCACUAUCAGCAGCAGUACUCGUCCUCUAUAAGAAGGUUUGACAACACUCAGCAAGAACUGUCCAAGGCCGCGGCACAAAACAAGGAGCUGCAGCGAGAGAUGGAGCGGCUGCAGUCGGAGACGACGCGACUCAAGACCCAGCAGCUCAAGGCGGCGAAGGACUGCGAGAAGUACAAGGACGAGCGGGACUCCGUGAUCAGCGAAUACCGUCUGAUCAUGAGCGAGCGGGACCAGGUGAUCAAAGAGGUGGACAGGCUCCAGACGGGGCUGGAGGUGGCAGAGGCGAAGCUCAAGAACACGUCCUCGGAGAGACGAGUGGCCAGCGAGGAGCUGGAGGCUCUCAGACAGGAGCUCUCCUCGGCACUCGUGGACAGGGACCGAGCGAUCUGUGAAAAGAAUGAGCUGCUGGAGAAAUACUGCCACGAGGUGAAGGACAAGGCCGAGGCUCAGAAGGAGCUGAGCCAGGCCUGCAAAGACAUCGAGAUGGUGCGCGAGGAGAGGGACGUGGCCCGGAAGGAGAGGACCGAGGCCAUCAUCCAGAGGGACCAGCUGCUGCGGGAGUAUUACCAGGCCAGACAGAAACAAGACUCUGCCACUCUGGACAUGGAGCGAGCGAACAAGGAGAUCGAGAUGCUGAGGAAGCAGUACGAGGCCAUCUCUCAGGAGCUGAAGGAGGCGCUACAGGAAGCCGAGGUGGCCAAGUGUCGCCGGGACUGGGCCUUUCAGGAGAGGGACAAGAUAGUGGCAGAGAGGGAGAGCAUACGCACGCUGUGUGACAACCUGAGACGAGAGAGGGACAGAGCUGUGAGCGAUCUGGCAGAUGCUCUGAGGAAUUUGGAUGACACGAGGAAGCAGAAGAACGAUGCUGUGCGGGAGCUCAAAGAGCUAAAAGAAAAGUUGGAGGACCAGUUGGAAAAGGAGGCCAGAUAUCGCCAGCUGAUGGCUCACAGUUCACACGAUUCAGCCAUAGACACGGACUCCAUGGAGUGGGAGACGGAAGUGGUAGAAUUUGAGAAGCACAGAGACAUGGAUUUGAAAGCACUUGGUUUUGAUAUAGCAGAAGGGGUAAAUGAUCCAUAUUUACCAGGAGACUGUGGCAUAUUUGUCACUAAGGUGGAUAAAGGAAGUAUUGCUGAAGGAAGAUUGAGGGUGAACGAUUGGUUGCUGAAAAUUAACGAUGUGGACCUAACGAAUAAGGACAGGAAGCAGGUAAUCAAAGCGGUGCUGAGCGGAGAGGGGGUGAUCAAUAUGGUGGUUCGCAGACGGAAGUCCCUGGGAGGACGGAUCAUCACUCCGGUCCAGAUAAACCUGGCAGGACACAAAGACAGUGGUAUAGGUUUGGAAAGCGGAGUGUUCGUUGCCACUUUAGCUGCAGGGAGUCCUGCCGCCAGAGACUGUAAUCUCACCAUUGGUGACCGACUGUUAGCUAUCAACGGAAUAGCUCUUGAUAACAAGUCUCUCUCUGAGUGUGAGUCUCUACUGAGGAACUGCCGCAACUCUCUCAGCAUCUCUCUCAUGAAGUUCCUCCCACAGAGUUGUUCCGGCCAGAGUUUAUUUGAAACGUUGCGAGACUCAGAGAAGAUCUCUCGUCUGCAGUCGUGUGAGGUCCACGCCAGGAGCUGCAGGAACUCCAAACACAACUGCUCCACGCAAACCGACAUUUGCUGCUGCGACUUGGGCAGCAGAGGGGAGGACACGUCCAAAGACACGGCCGACUCCCUGGAAAGCAGCAGCAGCAGCGCUCAUUCCCACCACAAACCCUAUUCUAACAGCUCCCUGCACUCCCGCUCCCUCUCCACCUCCCACAGCCCCUCAGAGCCCCAGCCGGAGUUCUGCUACAGGAGGCAGGACCUCCACCAUCGCCCCUUCACCUUCACCCCCGUCCUGUCCGACUGCAGCUCGCCUCAAGCCACCAUGGACCGUAAACAGAGCUCCCCAGUGAAGCCCAGCGGAGGCACGUGGCCUAAAGUCAUAGGAGGAGCUUCCAUCCCCGAGGGCACCCAGCUCUCCAUCUACAAAAAACCCAAACAGAGGAAGUCCAUCUUUGAUGUGAACGCUUUCAGGAGACCCGAGGCGUCCCCGAAGUUAGACUACAUGUCUCUGUCUUCGUUGCCAAAACACUCGCCGCAGAGCUCGAUGUCUGAAUCCGCUCAAACGCCCCCCACCCCACCAGCCAGGAGCGACUCGUUUAGGUACAAACACCGGCAACAGAACAGCUCGGCGUCCGACUCCACCAUCACCACCGGCACGCCGCCGGCCUCGCCGGCCCAAGCCACGAGCGCCCGGGACGAGGGAGACGUAGGGAACUACUACACCGACGCUCCUCCGGGAGAUGCCAAGAGCAACUCCAAGCAGCCCGCGGAGGAGGAGGGGGGCCGGCGCAGGACGGAGGUACAGGAAAGGAGGAGGUACCGGCCAAAAUCGGCACCAGCGUUAAGACGAAAUGUGACGCCGAUACACAUCCCUCCUCCCAUGCAGGUACAGAGUUUCUCUAAUGAUGAACACUCCCCAGAGCCGAUGGAUUUAUUACGCUUCUCUCCCAUGCGAACUAAUCGGUACAGCGUGCCGUUUGCACCCCCGAGCUACGGCAGCAUCACCACACACCCGGCACAAAGAGGUUUAGCUCCAUGUCCCGCUGUGACGGCUGUCAUGAGGAACCCCGUCUACACGGCCUGGAGCCACGAGAUCCCCACCAACAACUGUCCUCCUGCCCCCAGCUCAGGCGUCCAGCAAGCACAUUCACACACAAGGUGUUCUGGCAGCCCCCAGCAUCAAGGUCGCCACAGUCUGGACCUGAGCCACAAACGGACCGGAGACUUGACGGAGACGAGCUGCAGCCAACCGCCGCACAGCACGAACUCCUUGCCCUCUGGUGCCAGACUGACCACUUUAGGUACUGUGCAGUUUAGAGCAGAACGCAUAAAGAUUCCUCCGGCUCGUUAUCCCCGCUCCACUGGAUCUGACAGAGGCUCCCUCUCACACUCUGAGUGCAGCAGCCCGACACCUCCGAUGUCCCCUGUCAACCUGGAGACGUCGUCUUUCACCAGCAGCCAGUCGCAGAGCUCCAUCUCCACCCAGCCCAGGAUAUCAGUCAGCCCUGCUCCAGUCGGUGACAGGCGGAAGGAUGGAUUUGUUUCUUGCUGCACCUCCUCUGUUAGACUUCCAGUGGCUGCUAAGCCCACGUUCCUCUCAUUAAGAAGCUUGAGGCCAUACUUGGAGGAACCACGCAAUGUGACGGUGCAGAAGGGAGCAGAACCACUUGGUAUCUCCAUCGUGAGUGGAGAGAACGGCGGAGUGUUUGUGUCCAAAGUGACAGCAGGCAGCAUCGCUCACCAAGCUCAUUUAGAGUACGGAGACCAACUCCUCGAGUUCAAUGGAAUCAACCUCCGUAACGCCAACGAGCAGCAGGCGCGGCUGGUGAUCGGGCAGCAGUGCGACACAGUCACCAUUUUGGCUCAGUAUAACCCUCACAUGGUUCAGCUGGGGAAUCACUCUCGUUCAGGGUCUCGAAUGGAAUCCAUCAGCAACCAGCCGACCCCCCAGGACAGCGGAGCCACCACCCCAGACAAUCACUCGGCUGUAGAUGCCCUGAGUGAGCAGGACGAGGGCACCAUGACUCCUCCAUCUAAACCCACCACUCCUGCCACCAGCCCCCACAACUCCUUCAGGCUACCUGGUUCGGUUACACACCGGGCUGCGGAGCCUCGGCUGGUGAGGCUGAAGAGGAUCCAAGUAGAUCUGGGGGUUCAGGUCUGUGGAGGAAAUCUCUGUGGCAUCUUUGUAGAGAGUCUGGAUGACGACAGUCCUGCUAAGAUUCCUGACGGUCUGCUGCCUGGAGACCUGAUACUGGAGUAUAAUGGCAUCAGCAUGAAGAAUAAAACUAAAGAAGACUCUUACCUGGAAAUGUUGAAACCAGCUGAAACAAUCACAUUCAAGGUCCAGAGCUGGGUCGAACGCCUCGCUGCAGUCAAAGAGACGCCCGGAGAUGGGUUUUUUAUAAGAGCACUUUAUGAGAGGGUGGCAGAGGCAGAGCAGGAGCUGAGCUUUAAGAAGGACGACAUCCUGUACGUUGAAGACACUCUGCCGAACGGAAACUUCGGCUACUGGAUGGCCUGGCAGCUCGACGAGAAGGCACAGAAGCUGGAGAGAGGGCAGAUUCCGAGUAAAUACAUGAUGGACCAGGAGUUCUACAGAAGACACGGCAUGGCUGAUAUGAAGGAUGAGAACGGCACCAACAAGACGAUGUCUGCAGCCGCCCGGAGGUCGUUCUUCCGUCGAAGGCUAAAACAUAAACGCAGUGGAUCCAAGGACGGGAAGGACCUGGUUGCUAUGGAUGCUAUAAGCACCGAUUCUUUACCCCUCAACGAGGAUGGAGUGAGUCUGAUGUACCAGCGGGUUCAAAAGGUGGAGUCCUUGUCCCCGAGAGCCGUCCUGAUCCUGGGUCCGUUAGUGGAGGCCUGCAAAGACAUGUUGGUGAAAGAGGCUCCGACCAAGUUCUGUCGCUGUCUGCCCGAAAUUAUGAAGGCGUCGCAGCAGGCGAUAGAGCGGGGGGUGAAGGACUGUGUGUUCAUUGACUACAAACGACGGAGCGGCCAUUUCGACGUGACAACCGUUGCAUCAAUAAAAGAGAUCACGGAGAAGGACUGUCACUGUUUACUCGACAUCGCCCCUCACGCCAUCGAACGUCUCCACAGCGUUCACAUCUACCCAAUCGUCAUAUUCAUUCGCUACAAAAAUGCCAAGCAGAUAAAAGAGCAGAAGGACCCUUUGUACCUGCGGGAUAAACUCUCUCAGAAACAUUCCAAGGAGCAAUUUGAGGCGGCACAGAAAGUGGAGCAGGAGUACAGCCGCUUCUUCACAGGUGUUGUCCAAGGAGGCAGCGUUUCCUACAUUUGCACUCAGAUCUUGACCAUUGUGGAGCAGGAACAGAGUAAAGUACUGUGGAUUCCAGAUGGAGCUUCAUAGAAACAUCACCACUUUUUCUUGUCUUUUUUUUAACUCAGUAAAUCGGUACACGUCAGACUCCACGGUUAACGUCCAGUACUUUUUCACAUAUCACAGCAAUAUCAGCACUGAUGAUGAUAAUGAAAUAUUCCCUCACUACAAUAGUGAUGUACUGUACUGCAGAUAGAUUUGUUUACACUAGCAUUUAAUACUUGAAUGUUGUACUUUUUCCUCAUACCCAGUAGCACGUCUUUAAUCUCAACUUUGUCCCUUGAAUCGGAGACAGGAAGUCGUCGUCCACGCAAACUGAAGACCUUAUUGUUGAAUAUAGAACGGACCACUCUGUUCACAACUCCAUAUUUAUAUGUACUUUUCAUGUCAUUUAAUUUAUCUAAUCAAAUCAAAGAUGUUUCCUUUUUGUUUUACAAGUGUAGUUGUCUAGUGAAUAGGAAGGAUGCUAUUUUCCAGCUAAUGUUCUUAUUUAUAGAGGAGAAAACUGUGGCAAACCUGCUUCCUUCACACUAUGUCACAGUGUUUUUAUUUUGCCGUCUGAAGUCACCGUUUUUCAUUUCAGUCCUCAAAGCGUAUUGUGCCAAGCUAAAUAUAUUUGUUAAUCACUUUUUACAUUCUUGGACUUAUAACCAUCACAGCUUCUAUUAUAAAUCAAACACCAGUCUGUCCAAUGUGUUCUACUGGUACUGCCAAAUAUUGCUCCACUUUGUUAAGUGGAUUUUUAUUUUUUAUUAUUAUUAUUAUUUCUUUUUUUUUCUUUUUUUUUAAAGAAGGGAUAUUUUUUUCUGGUGUAUGAUUGGCUGUCUGCUACAACACAAGAGCACGCACCUCUCGAGUUUUCCGUAAAUCGCCAACAUUUCAUCUUCAAGUCAGAUGAGACGCGUUAUGUCUCCAAAUGAAGUUUAAUAUUUCUAUAAAAUAUUAAAAAACAGAGUACGUUUAAUGGAA